CCUCUGCCCCCUGACCCUGCGCGGCGGCGGCGGCGGCGGGCGCGGCGGCUGCUGCUGCUGGCCGUUUCCUGGUGGCCUGGCGGCGGCGCGGGGGACGAUGCGGCGCAGGUCCCGACUGCUCCUCUGCUUCGCCUUUCUCUGGGUGCUGGGCAUCGCUUACUACAUGUACUCGGGCGGCAGCGCCGCGCUGGCCGGCGGCGGCGGCAGGAAGGAGGACCCAAAUGACAUUGAUGCCAAAAGGAAAGAUGUGCAUGUCAGUGAUGGGGAGGACAAAGCGCAAAGUGUGGAGACAUUACCUCCAGGAAAAGUUCGGUGGCAAGACUUUGACCAAGAUGCUUAUGUUAGCGCUACCAUGGUGCGAUCUGGUCAGGAUCCGUAUGCUCGCAAUAAGUUCAAUCAGGUAGAAAGUGACAAACUACGAAUGGACCGAAACAUUCCUGACACGAGGCAUGAUCAGUGUCAACGGAAACAAUGGCGGAUAGAUUUGCCAGCCACUAGUGUGGUGAUCACCUUUCAUAAUGAGGCACGAUCUGCUUUGCUUCGAACUGUUGUCAGUGUCCUUAAAAAAAGCCCAUCACAUCUUAUUAAGGAAAUCAUACUAGUGGAUGACUACAGUAAUGAUCCUGAUGAUGGUGCUCUCUUGGGAAAAAUUGAAAAAGUGCGGGUUCUUCGAAAUGAUCGCCGAGAAGGCUUGAUGCGCUCCCGUGUCAGAGGGGCAGAUGCAGCACAGGCAAAAGUACUUACUUUCCUGGAUAGUCACUGUGAAUGCAAUGAACACUGGCUGGAGCCGCUUUUGGAAAGAGUAGCUGAGGACAAGACCAGAGUUGUAUCUCCUAUUAUUGAUGUAAUUAAUAUGGACAACUUCCAGUACGUGGGGGCGUCUGCUGAUUUAAAAGGCGGCUUUGAUUGGAAUCUGGUAUUCAAAUGGGAUUACAUGACACCAGAGCAAAGAAGAGCACGGCAAGGAAACCCAGUUGCUCCCAUAAAGACACCCAUGAUAGCUGGUGGGUUAUUUGUGAUGGACAAAUCCUAUUUUGAAGAACUGGGGAAGUAUGACAUGAUGAUGGAUGUUUGGGGUGGAGAAAACUUAGAGAUCUCAUUCCGAGUUUGGCAAUGUGGUGGGAGCCUAGAAAUCAUCCCUUGCAGCAGAGUGGGUCACGUAUUCCGCAAGCAACAUCCGUACACAUUUCCUGGUGGGAGUGGUACCGUAUUUGCAAGAAAUACACGCAGGGCAGCAGAAGUCUGGAUGGAUGAGUACAAAAAUUUCUAUUAUGCAGCAGUGCCUUCAGCCAGGAAUGUACCUUAUGGCAAUAUUCAAAGCCGAAUGGAACUCAGAAAAAGACUUAGCUGCAAACCCUUCAAGUGGUAUCUUGAAAAUGUUUAUCCUGAGUUACGGGUACCUGAUCAUCAAGAUAUAGCUUUUGGGGCUUUGCAGCAGGGUACCAAUUGCCUUGAUACUUUGGGCCAUUUUGCAGAUGGCGUUGUUGGAGUUUAUGAAUGUCAUAAUGCCGGAGGAAACCAGGAAUGGGCCUUAACAAAGGACAAGUCAGUGAAACACAUGGAUUUGUGCCUUACUGUUGUGGACAGAGCACCUGGUUCACUAAUAAAACUUCAGGGCUGCAGGGAAAAUGACAGCAGACAGAAAUGGGAACAAAUUGAAAGCAACUCUAAACUGAGGCAUGUUGGCAGCAACCUCUGUCUAGACAGCCGAAAUGCCAAAAAUGGUGGUCUCACUGUUGAGAUCUGCAGUCCUUCGUUAUCACAACAGUGGAAAUUCACACUUAAUCUGCAGCAGUAGAACUUGCAAGCAAAAUGCUGUUUCAAUUCAUAGACAUUGGGCAACGUUUUGAUUGAAUUACUGAUGUAUUUCUUAAAACUUUCCACGGAACUUAUAUACCUCAGUAUUCCAUCUUUAUCUGAAAGUAGGAGAGUGCUGAAGCGGACACCAGGGAUCCGGUGGACUUGGAGCACUGCAAAGAUUUCACUGAACGUGGCUGCAGCACAACUCCUCCUUGGUGUGAAGACUUUAACAGUUCCUUUCUGUCUUCAGUUACGUACUUGCACAGCAGAUAACUAACUCUAGGAACAACUGAUGUAUGAUAGAAAAAGGGUCUCAAAAAACGCCUGUGGGGAACAGGGUCUGGGAGGGAGGGUGGGAGAAAUUACCAGGAGAAGGUCAUUUGAAAUCUCCAUUUACGUAGAAAUGCAUUGUUUGUUGUUUCCAAAAACAGAAGUGUCAUUUUGAACGUUUUUUUUUUCCUGUGUGUACUUGGUAAUUUGAAUAUGAACUUUUCUAUGAUGGACUCUAAAUAUAAAUAUAUAAAAUAUAUAUAUUGCCAGCUCCCAAUGGUUUAUAUCAAUUUUCAUCACCCUAUAAUUAUCAACGAAGUCACUGACGUACGUAUAACCAGAAAUUGGAUCAGAAAGCUAAGAGAGUGAAUCUUAAUGAAGGUGCGGAUUUUGUGCUGCUGAGUAUGAUGUCCGUGCUAACACUGGAUGCUUUUGCUUUGCAAACUGGAUCUACUUUUUGAAGCUUUGCCCUCACUGGAGAUCAUGAAACUCAGGAGGAGAAAGAAAACAGCAGAAUAAGCCAAUGCAUCUGCACAGAUGAUUGCUCGGAUUGUUUAUUCCAGCUUGGAAAUUGAUUACAUGUGCUCUGGAUAUCGUUAAUCUUGUACUUGAUAUUUGUGUUGAUGAUUUCUGUAAUAUUAUGUCCUUAAAUACUUCUCUUCAUUACAAAAUUGUACGAACGGUGCAGAUCUUGCACACAUGCAGCCACGUGGGUUCAGCACAAUUUUAUUCUGGGCCCUCAUCACAAAAAUUUCCUUGUCUCAAACUCCCCUCUUGAGUUCUGAGAGUAAGAUGGGAUGGGAACAUCACCGUUGGCAGCACGAGGUCUGAAUUUUAAUUUGCAAGGAUGAGCAAUUAGGUAAUAUCUCUGAAUUGCACUUAAUUUAUAGGCCUGCUACUAGGGAAUUUUCUUGCUUUUUUUUUUUUUGUUUGUUUGUUUCAUUAUAUGGGGCUUUUGGGUGAAUUCAGGUUUGGCUCUGGGAAUCGGUCUGGAUACCAGCAGAUCCUAUGUGGUGUUUUUCACCAUCGAGCCCAUGCAUUUUGCAGCUUCAAUUCAGCUGAUGUCAUUUUUAUAAUAAAAUAAUACUGUCAAAGUUAACUCAACUUUGACCUGUACUUUCUUAUGUUUGCAUAGACUAUGUACUUUUUUAUUAAAAAAAAAAUAAAUAAAUGCUUGAAUGAGCUUUUAAAAUGAAAAGUGAAUAACUAGUUUCAGCACUGAUAAGUGACACAGCAGUGGUGAGAGAAAAAAAAAUAGUGCAGGCAUGCAGUGCUGGGAAGUGGUUUUGGUAAGAUAUGGAUCAUAGGGAAAAAUGUGAGAGUUGAUCACAAGGAGAUGAAAAACAUGUGCUGUACUGUAUUUCUGCAGUACAGUCCCCUCUUUCUUUGUUUCUGGAAGUAGAGUAGUUCCUGAUUCUUCAGUUUCCUUUGGCUUCAUCUAUACAUUAGGUAAAGAGGUGGUACUCUUCUGGUCAAAAUGGCUCUAAUUAUGUCAGUCAGUGUGCCACAAAUGUCUUGUGUCUCUGAAGCUAUGACCUGCAAGUAUCUGCAUACCUUUUGGAUGUAGACAUUAAAUCCAACUUCUCCCAUCCAUCUGACUUUUUUUUUAAUAUGUGGGUAAUUAAUGCUUUUUUUUUUUUGGUUCUUCGCAAUCUGUUUUCCCCAAAUCUAGUCUGUUUUAGAGGCCAUGCAGUGGGUAAACUAGUUUCCAUCUUCUUGUCUCUCCCUAUCUGUAGCCUUUUAACCUAGCUGAGAACUUGAAGAACAUGAUUUGUAACAUAGCAGUAGAUGUCUGAAUAUUCAGUAGAAUAAAUGCUGAAAUGUGGGCUCAGCAGCAAAUCAGUUGUUGAGGUUUUGAAAAACAGAAUUUAGAAGGAAAAAGCAUUCAGCUUCUACCAUGGAUAUUUCCCCUUGCAGCUUUGAUCAUAGUAAGCAUAGUGCUCAACUGAGAUCAGGAGCUGCAGCUCUGAACAUUGGCCUCUUAACUCUGAGGCAGAAUUGGAAGAAAAAAUCCGUAUUCCACCUCUUAAGUCUUUAGUGUCAACUGGUAUCAUAUAAAGUAGGAAUAUUUUCACUAAUUCCCCGUGGAUGCUGUGCAUAGGGGCUUUAGUACAGGAGCUGUACAUUAAAGACAGCAUUACUUUUCCUUGAGAGAACAGGCAAGAAGUGUUAUCCUUUGGUUAUGUUUACAUGACAGCGUGCCAAAGUUAGUUACUGUGAUUUUUUUUAGGGGUUUUAAAUAUUUAGGAAAUUGGCCCAUUUGAAAGAUAAAUUAAGAGCCCUUGAAGUAAAUUGUGAUGGAGUCUUCUGAGAACUUUUCUUACCGUCUUCAGAGCAAGAAUGGUGAUAUUGUUCGUUUUGCAGAUUUUCAAAACUUAGUUUGGAAACUGUUUUUUCAGUUGGUUUGAAAAGUCUGCUGUACAGAGCUUGUACUUUGUUCAUUUUAUAGAUGGAAACCAUCCUUGAAAAAUUGUUUAACUUAAAUAAAGAAGAAUGCUUUAUAGAUAAAUGUGUGGUUGUUGAUGCAAUUAAGCAAAACCAAGGAGUCUGUCUGAAGCUUGUAAAUGCUGUUUGCAAACGCUUCGGUUCACUUGGUUGUUUCAUAAUUGUUCCUCUUAUAAAAGUGUGUAUACAUGAAUGUAUAUUUGUAUUUAAGAAAAGUGAAUUUGUAUUGAAUAUGAUAGCUUUGAGGAAAUUCUUAUUUUCAAA